CCAGACUGUUCCUUGAACAAAACCUGCAGAGUGCGGGGUUCACUGGGGUUCAUUGAGCAGGACACAGGCGGUGCUCCGAGCCUCAAACAGGUGGAGGAGUCUCAGCUCAAACCCAUACUCCACUAAACAGAUGCCGUCCCUCAGAUCCCAGCCCGAGUUGGUCCCAAGCCCUCGGGGGCCUCUGCCAAAGUGGUGCGCUCUGGGCGUGGCUGUGGUCUCCAUGGUGAUGGCGACCAUCUUGUUCCAGGAGACAGUCGUGGGCUGGGUCUGCGUGGCGGUGCUUCUGUUGUCACUCUGUCCCUUGGUCCAUGGGAUUUUCCUGUUCUUGGAGGAGGUGGUCAACCACAACAACAGGUACAGGGGGCACUCUGUCCUGGCCCAUCCCUGGGAUUGUGGGUUGAUGAGACCCCUCCUGUUCAUUGUACUGUCCAGUGUUGUGCUGCGACUCUCGGGGAGUCCUCUGCCUCUGCCCCAUCUGUGGAUUCUGCUCUGGCUCUGCCCCGUCCUCUACGCUGCCCUUCGGAGUCUGGGAGUGCUGGUCCUCUCUGAGGUGGAGCUGUCAGACAUUUGUGAGACCAGACAGAUGAAUGUGGCUCAUGGUUUGGCCUGGUCAUUCUAUCUGGGCUACCUCCAACUGGUGCUGCCCCGUCUAGAAGAGGCCAUCUCUGCAUUCUGUGCAUCCCACCAGAGCAGUGCCUCCCUGUGGAGCCGAGGGUCAAAGCGCCUUUUCAUACUGAUCCCUAUAAAUGCAAACAUCAGCCACAAACUGGAGAAUGAGGACGAGAGGGUUCAUUUCUACGACAGCCUCCCCAACAGUCAGUUGGAUCGAGGGGGAGUCAGAGGAAGGGUUUACAAGCACAGUGUGUACAGAGUCUUCAACCACAAAGGACAGGCUCAUGACUGUGUGCUGGAGUAUGCUACGCCCCUCCUCACCCUCCACAGCAUGUCCCAGGACAGAAGCGCGGCAUUUGGUGAACCCCAGAGAAGAGAGCAGGUACUCCUCUUCUACAGGACGCUCAGAGACAUCCUAGAGCGCUCCCUGGAGUGUCGGAACAGAUAUACACUCAUCCUGCUCAAUGAUGAACAUGAAGGUGACCCUCACUAUCUGUCCAAGUGUAUCCUGAGACACCUUCAUCAACAGGACACAGAGGAGUACCCCAUCCUGCCCUCCCCCAGGAUCCAUCCCCCUCAGCCAGAGCAGACACCCUUGACUGCCCAGGGACAGCACAUGGGAGCAUGGGGGGGACACAGGGGACAGGAUCUGAGCAAAGAUCCCACCCUUAUGUUCAGUACGGACACACCCAGGACUCUGAGGGGCCCAGUGGAGACGUCCGAUGGCUUUAAGCCCAAGCACAACGGGUACAGUUAAACAGAGAUCAGGGCUGUACAAAUGUUUUUAUUGUUGGCUACAUAUUGAAACAUAUUUGAACCAGAGGGAAAUAUACUUAACGGUAAAGGGGAUGAUUUAAAUGGGGGCAUUUAUAGCUUUGACACAGCCACAGUAAAACAGAACAUUUACCUUUGUAAGUCCCUGUGAUGCAGUGGUGGAAUGUAACAAAGUAAAAGUAGUAAAGUACAACUUUUAGGUAUCUGUAAAUUGUGGAUACUUUUUGCUUUUACUUAAAUACAUUUUAGAUCUGUACUUCUACUUCACUACAUUUUUGAACAGAACUGAAAAGUAAAAGCAUUUUUUGAUUGUUUAUUUUUAACACAUUCGUAAUUUGAGCAAACAAAAACAUACAAAUAAAAUCAGCUAUGUAUUCAAUUUUCUCUGUUGUUCAAAAUCGCUUGAAGGUUUAUAAGACCUCAAAAUAUGCACUGAAUCCUUUUAUUUGUUUUACUCUUUAAGUACAUUUUUAAAUGGAUACUUUAAUAAAUUUUUAAAUUUUUUCAUGUGAUACUUUAACUUUUUUUUUUCUUUGUUUUUGCUCCAGCAUCUGUACUUUUACUUACAGUACCAAACUUGAGUACUUCUUUUACCACUACUGUAAUGGUUUAAAUGUAUUGCCUAUGUCUAUGAAUUUUUGAGGUGUUUGACGUGUCUUUCUUCUCUCUUUGCAAUAUGGUGGUUCUCCUGGGAAAACCUGGCUAAGUCUCAGUCUUGAUCCUGUUAGAUCUGAGUGCUGCCAUUGACACUGUUGAUCAUGGGAUCCUCUUACAGAGACUAGAGGACUGGGUGCGCAUCUCUGGUACGGCACUAAACUGGUUCAAGUCCUAUUUAGAAAACAGGGAGUACUUUGUUGAAAUUGGAAAAUGUAUAUCAGAUAAAAUGCCCCUGACCUGUGGGGUGCCCCAGGGUUCAAUCCUGGGACCCCUGCUGUUCAAUGCUGCUGCCGUUAGGCCAGUUAAUACGCAGCAAUAAUGUGUCCUACCACAACUAUGCAGAUGACACUCAGAUCUAUGUCUCAGUGGCAGCAGGUGAAUAUGGACCAGUGGAUUCACUCUGCCACUGCAUCCAACAGAUCACUGUGUGGAUCCAAAACAACUUUCUUCUGCUAAACUCAGACAAGACUAAAGUCAUCAUCUUUGACCCACAGAAACAUAAAGAAAGUGUCAGCAGUCACCUCCAGUCUCUCUCUCUAAAACCUUCAACUCAGGCUAGAAAUCUAGGGGUAAUAAUGGACUCGAACUUAUAAUCGACUUGAACUUUAACAGCCACAUCAAAUCAAUAACAUCUGCAGCUUUUUACCACCUAAAAAAAUGCAAAAAUCAAAGGUAUACUGUCAAAGCCAGACUUAGAGAGACUUAUCCAUGCAUUUGUCUCCAGUAGGUUAGACUACUGUAACGGCCUGCUCACUGACCUCUCCAAACAAGCAUUAAGACAGAUGCAGUACAUCCAGAACACUGCUGCUCGGGUCCUGAGUAGAACCAGGAAGUACGAGCACAUAAGUCCUGUGCUCAGGUCUCUGCACUGGCUUCCUGUAGCUCAAAGAAUAGACUUUAAAGCAGCUCUGCUUGUGUAUAAGUCUCUCCAUGGCCUAGGUCCAAAGUAUAUCUGUGACAUGUUAGUGCCAUAUGAACCAUCUCGCACACUGAGGACUUCAGGACAAAGGUUUUUAUAAAGGUUUUUAUUCUGCACUCUUCUCUUUUAAUGGUAAUUUUAUGAUGAUUAUUUGUGAUUAUUUAUGUUUUGAUUUGUGUGAUUUUAAUGUCUUUCUUAUUCUGUAAAGCACUUUGAAUUACCUUGUGUACGAAUUGCGCUAUACAAAUAAACUUGCCUUGCCUUGCCUU